UUUUUCUCUUGAUUUUUGGAGCGAUAUCUUUUUUUGCUAUUUUUUUCACCAUGCCAAACUCCGUUAAGUCUAACGCGUCCUCCAAGAAUGGCCGUAACUACAGGCUUAAGCUUGUAAGCAAUGACAUUGUUGUGGACCGUCAGUCCUUCAACCGCUUGCUCAAGGAGCGCCGUCCCCGGGAUCUCGUGAUCCCGCCCCCCUCUCCAGCUGUACAGGCACUGGUAGAGCGUCUCUUGGCACGACGCCAAGUGUUGAAACGUGGCGCCUGUCUUGACCUUGAACAGGAAAUGCCAGCGUAUUUUGGCGACAACCCUGUUGUCCCGAAAGAAGUCAGCGAUACCCUGUUUGAUGUUUAUGCUGACACCGACAAGUUUGAGGCGCAGCAUGAGGUGGAAUGGGCUCGGGUAAAAGUGCCCCUUCUCUCCAUGUUGAACCCGGGGGAGGUCUUUAACCAUGCCUCCGAGAGCCAUCUGCUUGUCCUACCCCCAGGCACUGCUGAAGGACUGGCCCGGCCGAAACCCGACCUUUUACUCGGGUUCUAUCGGCUGGGUCGCGCCAGUUACCGCCGGAACGCGUACACACUGGUGACCAGCAAUGUUCUGCCCAUUCGAGCCCAGUGUGGUGAUGCCGAUGGCCCCCACUUCCCCUUUUUUGUUCAAGAACGAAGAGCGGAUAGAGGGACGGCGCUCGAGUGUCUGAACCAGCUGCUUGGCGGUCUCAGGACUGCCAUGUAUGCCUGGGAAAUGGUACUCGAGCGGCAGAACAUUGCCAUCGUGGGUAUGACGUUGGUGGGGUUCUACUUCAGCCUGUACGUGAUGGGUUAUGGCGAAUGUGACGGCGAGGGCAUGUACGUAGCCUAUCACAUCACAGACUACUCUAUCCUUGUGGAUAGAGACUUGCCUCGUCUCAUGUCUCUUAUGGUUGCCGUGAAAGAGGAAGGGUUACGGCUCUUCAACUUUCUGUUGACCAUCAAGUGGCAAGACUUGCAAGGUAGUCUGGAUGAUGGCGACAAUGUGCCCGACCCCGAUCCUGAGGGCGAUGAGGAGGAUGACGAGCGCGACAACGACCGGGCGGGGUUGUCCGAGCCCCGGCACAAGAAGCGUCGGCUUCGCCGUGCCGGAGCGAAGGAUCCGGUCGUCGAUAGCAUCGCCAAGGUUCAAAGUUGGCUUCCUUUGGUAGUCCGACCGGAAGGCCCAGGCGCUGCUCCUGGAGCGGAGGAUCUUGAGUGAUGCCUCCCUUCGGGUCGUGAUCGUUGGAGCCACCCGACUUUCCGUCCUCGAGGUAAGU